UCCUUCAACUUUCUCUGCAGGGCAUGGAAAUUGUGCAGACCAUGAACAGCGAUCCCGGCCUGGCAGUGGGGUACACGGCGUUUAACGGAGUUGACUUUGAAGGGACCUUCCACGUGAACACCCAGACGGACGACGACUAUGCCGGCUUCAUCUUCGGUUACCAGGACAGCUCCAGCUUCUACGUGGUCAUGUGGAAGCAGACAGAGCAGACAUACUGGCAAGCCACGCCAUUCCGGGCUGUCGCCGAGCCCGGCAUCCAGCUGAAGGCCGUUAAGUCUAAGACCGGACCCGGGGAGCAUCUCCGCAACUCCCUGUGGCACACCGGGGACACCAGUGACCAGGUCCGGCUGCUGUGGAAGGACUCGAGGAACGUGGGCUGGAAGGACAAGGUAUCCUACCGCUGGUUCCUGCAGCACAGGCCCCAGGUGGGCUACAUCAGAGUGCGGUUUUAUGAAGGCUCCGAGUUGGUGGCUGACUCCGGGGUCACCAUAGACACCACCAUGCGUGGAGGCCGGCUUGGCGUGUUCUGCUUCUCCCAAGAAAACAUCAUUUGGUCCAACCUCAAGUAUCGCUGCAAUGACACCAUCCCAGAGGACUUCCAAGAGUUUCAAACCCAGAAUUUCGAUCGCCUGGAGAAUUAAACCAAGGAAGCAAUCCGUAACUGCUUUUCCAAACAUAUUUUUUAACUUCCUACAACUAUUUUCAUAUACACUGUGGCUUUCUUUUACCAGUCCAGAUAUAUCAAACUUUUUAUAUGAAUGGGGCAAUAAAGAAGAGAGAAUUUCUAAAAA